AUGGCUAUGGCAGGAAUGCAGUGUCUCCAUGAAAGGUCAUGGAAGUCUUCUGGAAUUCAGGGUUAUAUCCCCUCUUUUGAUGAUCUUGUUACAGAUUGCUCCGAUUAUUUCACAAGCAUUUGUGAAAAGAAAGAAAAUAAAAGAAAAAUGAGGAUAUUGCUUGGAGAAUCUAUGGGAGGAGCAAUGGUUCUCUUGUUACAUAGGAAGAAACCAGAGUACUGGGAUGGUGGAGUCUUGGUUGCACCUAUGUGCAAGAUUGCUGAUGAUAUGAAGCCACCUCAACUGGUGAUUAAAGUGCUAACGAAACUCACAAAAAUAAUCCCAACAUGGAAAAUUGUCCCGGGUCAAGAUAUUGUCGAUGUUGCUUUUAGAGAUCCUGCGAUUAGGGAGGAGGUUCGUAAUAACCCUCUAUGUUAUAAAGGUCGACUUCGUUUACAAACCGCCAACCAACUACUAAAUGUUAGCUUAGACCUUGAAAAGAGGCUCCAAGAGGUCACAUUUCCAUUCUUCGUUGGACAUGGAGAAGCAGACAAGGUGACUGAUCCAACAGUGAGCAAACUUCUAUAUGAAACUGCUUCAAGUUUCGCCAAAAUGUUUAAAUUGUAUCCGGAAAUGUGGCAUUCUCUCACGUACGGGGAGUUCACUGAGAACAUAGAUAUUGUGUUCCAAGACAUAAUAAGUUGGAUUGAUGACAGAAUUUCUAGUGGAAACUCGAGAUUGGAGAGGGAACAAAAGAACGCAAAUGAUGAGUUACACACAAAUACCUCGAGCACAAAGAAGUUGGUUGAUUGAUCGAUCACAAAACUACAUACUUGCAUAUUAUUUUUCUAGAAUCAGGAAUUUACAAAAAAUAUAUACAAGUUUUAUAUCAUGUAGAAUGUUAUUAGACAAAACUGGUUAACGAUAAGUGUAUUCCAAUGAACUUUUGUACCA